AUGCGCAGGUGCUUUUCAUUCCUAGCUAAUGCACCAUGGGUAUUCAAAAACUCAUCUGCCCCCAGCAUACUCAGAGAAAUGGACCCAAAAUUCAAGCAAGUAGUCGAAGAAAAUCUCACUGAAGGCUUUACCUUUGCUUUUAGAUCUAUAUGUGAAGCCUUAUCUAAUCAUGAUAAAUCUAUACUCUCAGAGUGCUUAGAAGGUAGGUUAUUUGAAACGGUCAGUUCUCGUAUAGAUGCCUUGGAAAAUUCAGGACACCAGUUCAAGCUUCUUGACACUGAAAAUUUUGAUUUAAAAGAAUAUAAUUUGUGUAUAUCCAUGGGAGUUGAAAUAGAAAGAAAAAACAAUAAACCGAAAGAGGAUUACGUAAAAAUAGCUAGUUUAGAAGAGAUUAAACCUAUGGCGUCUCUUGGUUCUAUUAAAGAAGAAAUAGGAAAAGCAGGUCUCCCAUGGAGUGACGAUUUAUGAAAAAAUAACAUGGACUAUAUUUGGGUGUACAUAAGCCCUUCAGCCCCAGCAAAUAUAAUAUUUUCGAUAGACGCUGUUUUUUAUGGCCAAAACCCUUUAACUUUGAUUCAUAAUUCAAAAGACGUUGUGUAUAAUGAUAACAGAGAAAAUGAAAUACAUGUCUUGAAAUUCGAGUCUUGUGCUAUAAAUAAAGGCUUACAAAAAAAUAUUCUUUUUACAGGAGGGUUUCAGGGUUUAAUUGAGCCUUUGAAAAGAUUAGGAUCAGAAUUACUUAAACAGUCAUGGGUUGUAGUUGACAUAGACAAUAUUAUGGGAGGAAAUCCUUAUGUCAUCUCAAAAAACAGUAAAAAAUUAUCAUAA